AUACAGAGAGAGAGAGAGAGAGAGAGAGAGAGAGAGAGAGAGAGAGAGAGAGAGAGAUUCUUUGAUUUCGUUGCGCUUUUCUUUCUUCACUGUGCGACUCAACAUUUACAUGGAGUUCCACAUUUAGCCCUAACCGAUUGGGCCUGCGACCCGAGUCCUUAUUGGACCGUACCGUAAUUUUGGUCACAUUCGAUCUCUGCGAUCUGGUGGAGACUCUCUGUUAGGGUUCUGCUUUCUUAUCGAUUGCAUUUCAAAUUAGGGUUUCUGUUUCGGAUUCAGUCAUUGAGUGCACUUCUCCUGAUUCCAAUUCGGAGAAUAGGGUUUCGCGUUUCGCAUCCGCGAUGCCGCGCAGUUCGAAGCACAAAUCGAGCAAGCACAGUUCGAGGGAUGCGAGGGAGCACUCCGACUCCGAGAGGGAUUCCGGCUUGAAGGAUCGGAAGAGCAAGGAGGAGAGCAGCGCCGCCGCCAAGGCAUCCAAGGAUUCGAGUUCUGCCGAGAAGCGGAGGCUCGAUUCGAAGGACGCGCACGGUAACGGAGAGUAUUCCGACGAGUAUGCUUCGUCCUCGAAGCGCCGCAAGGACGGUGGAGGAGAUAGGUGGAAUGGCGGCGAGGAAGGGUCGAAGAAGUCGAAGGCAGUGGGGGAUUCAAAGAGUAGGAGGAGGGAUGGGAGUGUGGGAGUGUACGGUGAGGGUGAGGAGGUGAAGAGGAGUAGCAGUAAGGGCGAUGGGAAGCAUAGGGAUUCGUCGUCGGGUCGAAAGGAGAAUAGAGAAGGUGGGGCGGAGAAGGAGAAGGAAAGGAAAUUUAAAGAAGGUAGAAGUGAGGAAUCGGUUGAUGACCAAGAACAGCGUGUGUCCAAGCAAGUGUUUGAAAUUAAUGGGGGAGGGGAGUUAUGAGAGGACUCAUUGGCUGUGAGCAUUUAUGUAUUCUUUGGUGUGUUGGUUGAAGCCGAAUGCUCAAUUCAAGAACAUUGCAUUGUCCCUAGAUUGAUUCAAAGAAAUCUGAUGAAUUGCGAAGCCCUGAACCUGAUAACCAGCUUGAGAAACGAAUGAGGAAGAAGAGGGAUGACUAUAGUGAUGGUGAUAAGCAUCAAGAUAAUACUGGAGAUGGUUAUGAUAGACAUUUGUCUUCUAGGGAUGACAUUGCCAGGGAUGGGAGAAAGAAGGAUGAUAGGCGAAAAGAGGAGAAAUAUAAAGACAAGUAUAGGGAUGAAUUAGACAGGGAGAAUAAACAUCGACAUGACAAGCAACGUGAUGAGCGCCCUGCAAAAGAUCAUACAAGCAUAAGGUCUGAUGAUAAACAUGCUAGGGAAGAAAAGAAUAGUCUAGAAUCACGACAGAAGAGAACCAAGCUUCCAGAGAGUGACAGGGACCAUAAUCGUGAUCGUGAUGGGGAUCGUGAUUUGGAAUCUGUUCGUGAUCGUGAUUUGGAAUCUGUUCGUGAUCGUGAACGCCAUACUGAACGUGAUCGUGAUUAUGAUCUUGACAGGGAUCAUGAUUAUGAUAGAGAUAGAGAUCGAGAUUGGGACUGGGAUCGUGAUCGAGAUCAUUAUCGUGACCGAGACAGAGAGCGUGACCGUCGCCGUGAUCGUGAUGGGUCAUAUGUGGAUGAUAGAAGUGCUAGAGGCAAAGAGGGUGUGACAAAGAAACGAAUUUUGGAUGAUCGUGAUGAUUAUAGUGACUCUAAAUCUAGGGGUGUUAAGAGCUAUUAUCCUGAUACAGAGAAGAGGAGUUUGAGCAGCAUCAGAGCUGAUUCAGAUGUCGACAGAGGAAAAUCUCAACCACGACAAGCUCAUGCUGAUUCAACUGGGACUAGCAAUAAACACCGAUCUUCUCCUGCCUCAAAUACACAUGCUGGCAAAGAGGAAUAUAGAAAUGCAAACGCUGAAGAUCCAAAGUACAAAGACUCAUUGGUAGAACAGAGGACCAAAGGUUCAAGAGAGGGUUACUCUGGGAUAUCAGAUAGAGGUCCUAAAUACAAAUCAAUUGAAAAACCUAAUAAAAUAGAUGAGUGUCCAGCAGGAGACUUGUCAAAUGAAAAGUCUUCCAGUGCCAAGGCUUCACCCGUGGGCCUGAUGGAAAGAUCUCCUUCAUCAACAAGCAUGGAGCGCAGGUAUGUGAGUAGAAGUGGUGUUAAGAGGAAUCUUGAAAUUGAUGAAAGUGGAAGGAGGAGCAAUACUGAUGCAAGAGAUUUCUCUGCUUCUGAUGACAGACUUGGCCGGGAGUCAACUCUAGAGAAACCACUAUUGGAUGAGCCCUCUCAAGCAGAUUCCUCUUUUUAUGGUAGGACUAAUCAGAGCAAUGCAUCAUUGAUUCCUCCCCCACCUGGUUUCAGGGCAGUCUUAGAUAGACCUUAUAUGGGUUCUUUAGAUGAUGAUGUUAGAGAUAACUCUAAUACACGAUACAGAAGAAGUAGUGAACCUGGCUUUGGAAGAGGUCAUGCUGGCAAUUCCUGGAGGGCAGUUCCAAACUGGAAUUCACCAGUACCAAAUGGAUUUGUUCCCUUCCCACCUGGGCCAGCUCAUGGAGGUUUUCAAACAAUGAUGCCACAGUUUACAUCUCAACCUCUCUUUGGUGUUAGGCCUCCAAUGGAAGUUAACCAUGCUGGCAUUCCUUACCAUAUUGCUGAUGCUGACAGGUUUCCAGGUCACUUGCGUCCACUUGGGUGGCCAAAUAUGAUGGAUGGAACUGGACCUGCUCAUUUGCAUGGAUGGGAUAGCAAUAAUGGUGUCUUCAGAGAUGAUCCUCACAUGUAUGGUAGUUCUGAUUGGGACAGGAACAGGCAUUCAACAAAUAAUCAUGGAUGGGAAUCUGGUUCAGAGACUUGGAAAGAACAGAAUUCUGAUUCAAAGAAGGAAUUGCGUUCCCCAGCCUGUAAAGAAGAGUCAGUUCCUGCCUUGGCUGAUAAUGGCUUGACUGAUCAGACUAGUCAGAUGUCUCAUGAUGAACAUAACCGGGAUGACCUUCAUGACAAAUCUCCUGAAACAAAGUUGUCCAGUUUCAGUUCUCCAGCAGAAAUUCCAUUGAACUCUUCAUCCUCAACUAUUCUUGAAAAGGUGCCUGAUACUUCAACACCAAGUGACAAUACUUCUCUUUUCAGCCGUUUCUACCUUUCCAAACUUGACAUUUCAGUAGACUUAGUACUGCCAGAGUUGUAUGACCAGUGUAUGUGUACUCUGAAUGUUGACAAGAAUGCUUCCGUCAAUGCAGUUGCUGGUACAGAACUAUUCUUGAAGAAUGGUUCAAGAGCUCGGCAGAAAUAUGCUGCCACCUUGUCAAAGCAUUCAGCAUUUCCAGCAAUUGAUAAUUCUAUCUUCCAGAGAGCCAUAGCCCUUUACAAGAAACAUAGGGUGAAACUGCCUAAAAAGGAGGAGCUGGAUAGUAUUGCAGCACCCAGCCAGAUGCAAGUGGAUGAGUCUGUUCCUAUUCCUAGUUUGGAGAAUGGACACGUCCCUGUCUCAGCUUUCAAUGAGAUAAAUGAUGUGCUAAUACCUUCAUUAGAACCAAACAAAGUGGAAAGUACAUCCCCUGUGAAGGAGCAAUUGGAAGAAAACAAUCAAAACUACAGCCAGAUGGUGCAAGAUCAUGAUUGUACCCAUUCUUUUAAAACAGGCAUAUCUAGUCCAUCUUCUGGACAAAUGAACCAAGAGGCAGCUGUAGCAGGUUUGCAAGAGAAAGAGGACUACGUUACUUCUGAUAAGAUGAAUUCAGGGGAUGCAGAGGAGGAUAACUCCAUGGCAUCCAAAACUGAAGCUCAGUUGGCCCCCACUUUGUAUGAAGAUGGUGAUAACAUUAAUAGCAAAGCCAAAACUACUGGUUUUGCCCAUUGUGCAGAUGAAAAGCUGGGUUUUGGUGACACACAGGUUAAUCCCUUAGUUGUUGAGGAUGGGUCUCCCAAAGCUUGUGAUGCUUUGAUGCCUGGUUCAAAUGAGUCUGAGUCGCUAAUUUUAAGCCGGAUACAUCAUUCUCCUGAAAGUACACAUUGAGACAAUUUCUAUAUCUUUCAUUGCUUUUUAUCCAUCAGGUUUAAUUUCCUCCCUCUUUUUUGUUGCUUUCAUUUUGAGCGAGAAUAAAGGAAAUGGCAUUCGUAUUCCCCUAGAAUAACGUUUUCUGACCCCCCCAUGCAUGUUUUUCCUGGCAUUUCAUUACUCCUAUUUUAGCAUUUCUGCACGAGCAUGCAGUGGCAGUGUCUCAUCUUAGUUGCAUUUUCUUCUGCAUGAAUGCAGUGACCUUAAAAUACGGCUCGUAAUUUAAGUUCAGUUCAAUAAAAUUUUUUCUGAAAAAAUUAAGCCCGUAAAACUAUUCACGAGUCCUAUGGUUGUGUCAUGUUUGUGCAUUUACAACCCAGUUUUCUCUCCCUCGACUUAUUUAAAACCACAUUCUCAUGCAUUUUUUUCACUAAUUAUUUUAAAAAGGAGGAUUGUUAGUGACACGUUCUUUGAAUUUUUUUAAUAAGUUUUCUUUUUAUGGUUUAAGUUUUUGUAAAUCCUACUAAAUAAUAUGGGUUUCAUUCUCUAUUUAGUGAGUUUACUUAUUGUUUAAUGAGGCCUACAUUUUAGUCAUAUAGUGUUGAAGAGGAAAGAAUGUCGUAUAAUGUGGUAUGUGUUAGCAUUACCCUUUUUUACUUUGCACUGUAUACUUGUUUGUAGGUUGUUUUAGGUUUAGUUCAUCAUGUUGAAAGCGAAAAUGGUAUUUGGAAGUGUGUGUGUGUGUGUGAAAGCUAGUGCCCGUGCGUGCCUGUGUAAGAACAUAGAAUUUUAUUCAUUAAACUGUUAACAAUUGUUUAACAAUAAAAAUCGGUACUUUUGCAUAAAAUGAAACGCACAGUAGAAUAUCUGCAAAUUAUGGGGAAUAUAUUAGGUGAAAGAAAUUAACUAGAGUGCAAUCAAAUCGCGCACUGUUAUGUUCCAUCAACAGGCUAUUAUCACUACGUUAUCACUGUUAUUACUAGUUUUUCCUUUUUCACGGUGGUAAAAUCAUUUUAAAUUUUGUGUCUUCAGUGUUUGCAUAUUACUCAUCUAUCAACGUUCUUAUACUCUAACCUUAAAUU